GAGAGCAGUGAGUCGCGGCGCUUGAUGGGGCCGCUGAAAUUUUCAAGAUGUCGUCGCUGGAGCAGAGACUCUCCCGAAUCGAGGAGAAACUCAAGCAGGAAAAUAAAGAAGCCCGCAAACGAAUCGACCUGAACAUCGACAUGAGCCCGCAGCGGACGCGCCCGAGGCCAAUCAUCGUGAUCCAGCUCAGUCCAGCUCCAGCUCCCUCCCAGCGCGCAGCUUUACAGUUACCAUUGGCCAACGAUGGAGGAAGUCGCUCAUCCUCUUCAGAAAGCUCUCCUCAACACCCCUCGUACCCUAGCAGACCCCGACAGAUGCUCACGCUUCCCACCCCACCCUACUGCCUACAGAAGAGCCUAGAGAAUGCUGAAAUCGAUCAAAAGCUUCAGGAAAUCAUGAAACAAACCGGAUAUCUGAAGAUUGACGGACAGCGUUACCCUGCAGAGGUGACGGAUCUGAUCAGUGAGGGGGAGAUCGGCAGUGGAACCUGUGGACAGGUGUUUAAAGUUCGCUUUAAGAAGACUGGCCAUGUCAUCGCAGUCAAGCAAAUGAGGAGGACGGGUAAUAAAGACGAGAAUAAGAGAAUCCUCAUGGAUCUGGACGUUGUGUUGAAGAGUCACGACUGUCCGUACAUCAUUCAGUGCUAUGGAGCAAUAGUCACCAAUACGGAUGUGUUCAUCGCCAUGGAACUGAUGGGGACGUGUGCAGAAAAGCUGAAGAAGAGGAUCCAGGGGCCCAUACCUGAGGCCAUUCUGGGAAAGAUGACCGUGGCCAUCGUGAAGGCUCUGCUUUAUCUGAAAGAGAAACACGGUGUCAUUCACCGAGACGUGAAGCCAUCUAAUAUCCUGUUGGAUGACAAAGGGCAGAUCAAACUGUGCGAUUUUGGCAUUAGUGGCCGACUUGUGGAUUCUAAAGCCAAGACUCGCAGCGCCGGAUGUGCUGCAUACAUGGCGCCUGAGAGAAUAGACCCUCCGGACCCCAGUAAGCCAGACUAUGACAUCAGAGCUGACGUCUGGAGUCUUGGCAUUUCUCUGGUGGAGCUAGCCACGGGGCAGUUUCCUUACAAGAACUGCAAAACAGACUUUGAGGUUCUCACCAAAGUUCUGCAAGAGGACCCACCAGUCCUUCCUCUCGGCAUGGGCUUUUCCCCUGACUUUCAGUCCUUCGUCAAAGACUGCCUCACAAAGGAUCACAGAAAAAGGCCAAAAUACCACAAGCUGCUUGAACACAGUUUUAUCCGUCGCUACGAGGUGUCCGAGGUAGACGUGGCGGGCUGGUUCCAGGCGGUGAUGGAGCGCACAGAGUCUCCCCGCAGCAGCCAGUGCUUCAACCAUCACCAGCUCCACUCGCUCUUCAGCAGGUAGCCAGGCGGAGAGCGCCAGAGAAAGAAGGAUGCGACGUUGAGGAGUUGAUUUAGAGACACGGAUGGACAGGUUUGAAAUGUAAAUUGCGACAGGAUGGAGUGGACAUGGACCGAUUGAGAGGGGAGAAUAUGGCAGAAACAAAAGCUAGAAUGUUCAUUUUGGAGUUUGACUGAUCGACAGACAAUCCUGGGCAGGUUUGAUGUAAAUCUGAAAUCUUUUUGUCCUUCUCAUCCACCCAUUGAACAGGAUGGACCAUUACAGGUUGCAGUCUAACGCGCUCGCACACACAUUUGCAGUAACACUGUUUCACUAAACCUGACCGGCAUAUAAAGAUUAGCCACAAGAGUAAGCGUACAGUGUUUUUAGUUAACUUUCAAAUCCGUACAUCAUGAGGUCCACCGUAGCCCCUUACUCAGGGACUGAACAGAGUAGUCGAACAACACUGUGCAAUGGUGUGUGUGUGUGUUAUCCGUUUAUCAGUCCUAGUUCAGAAGUACAGCCAUUAAUUGAAUCCAAGCAAAUAGAAACUAGCUGUGUGAUGUUUUAUAGACGUGUUCUUUUCGGCAGACAUUUCAGUGAUUGUAACACAUACUUAAAGCGUUUAUAGUGGUAGAACUUCUAAUCCUUGAUGUUUAGAUUUUUAUAACUAGUUUGGCCUGGACUCUAAUGUAUGGAAGUAGAUUUAUCGCCUAAAAAAGAAGAUUGUAUAUUAAGAAAACACUAGUGGUUGACCGAUAAGUGUGUUUUUAAAAGGUGAAGUGUCAUUUUCUCGAUGAAACAGUGCUUCUUAUCCCAAUUUAAAAGGCCAAAUCAUCUAUAAAUGAGAAAUUUGUGUUUGUCUGAGCAGCCUUACCCAGCAAAUGGGGGGGGAUUGUUCAGAAAAACAUUAUUUAAUCAUCAUUUGUGCAAUUCCGUUAAUUGUAGUCCUGCACAAAUUACACACUUCACUUUUACUGGCGAUGCUGGUGUCUCAUCAGCCAAUGGCGAUAAUCUCAAAAUUGCCAAAUUUUGCACUAUGUAUCGGUCUAUCACUAGAUAAAACACACAAAAAAAUUAGCCCAGAGUCAUAACAACGCACACCUCAGGAAGACAAGUGUUAGAAAUGGGGAUUUUUAACAGGAUUUAGCCGAGUGUCUGAGGGGUGAAACCACAAUCAAAGUCACCAAAAGCAAACGUGAGAGAUGUUGUCAGUCACUCAGAGACAAGCGGGGGACUUUUCGCAGGUCUCAUUUCUGCUUUUAUCACCCGUUCGAUCUCUUUCCCGUGAGUAUUUGAGUUCCCGCAAACCAAAGCAUUUUUUUUUUUAUGACACAGCACUGCUUUUUUUCCCUGCCAAGCUGUUUUCAGCAUCUGCUCAUGGGUCACGCUGAAGAUGUUCGGCGACUUUCACAACCAAAGCUGUAGAGUUCGAGAUUCACUGCUUUUAUGAAGCCAAAUCACUCGCCUGAGGAGGGGAAAAUGUGACUUAAAUCAGCAAAGAAAGAUUUAGAGGGCGAUGGCACGUUUAGAGGAAGCAUGGUGUUAUAAUGGACUGAAGAAAGAGUGGAGGAAAUAAUGGGACGGGAGAGAAAAUUAGGAGGAAGGCAUUUGAAAGUAUGAAAGAAAGUCUCCAGUGAAGUCUUAUAGAAAGUUUUGAGAGGUUUGGUGAGAUUUCAGGGCUGACAGGAACAGGUGUUGGUGGUUUUCUAGAUCGCUGUGUUUUGAGCUAGCUGGACGUUGCAUAAAAGCUUUCAAUCGUUUUGGAACCAAUGUACCAAUUUUUAUUUUUAGGGUUAUUUGUGUUUUGCUUCUUACGGUUUUGUUCAUUAUCCUUGAAACUUUGUUCUUAUUGUCUGCUAUUAUUAUUAUUAUAUUUAUUUAUUAUCUUACUGCUGCUACUGUUUACUUUAGAUGCUGCUCUCAGUGAUUAUAUUCCCCAAAGGAUGAUUCUUCUUCUUAUUUUUUUUUCUAAACCAAAUGCAUAAAACACUGCAAUGUCUUCUACACAUUUACCAAAUACGAGAAUGAUUACUAGUAAAGUGCGUGAUGUGAUUCAUAAAGAGAAAGCAAGCAAGGAAGGAAGUGAAUUGAGAAUCUCUAUUUACCUAUAUCUAUAUUUAUAUCUCAAUAGUUUGUUUUUUGAAACUCACAAACGUCACGGCUCACUCUGAGCUACUAAUAAGAACGACUUCCAUGUAUUUGUACAAAAUAACAGACACCAGCUGGUAAUAUCUAUAUAUAUUUGAGCUAGAUUUCCCUUAUUACGUCAUUAGCCGCAUCAUUAGUCACACACACAGAUAUGUUUGUAAUUGUCCUCCUGUGUCCGUCCUGCGGUGGAUGAAUUCAUCAAAUAGUCAGUUAUGAUUCACCUCGUUCAAUAUUUUGGCUGCUUUGAUUUAUGCUCAUUUGUUUGACUAUGCAAUAACACAUAUUUAGUGAAAGAAUUCUGUCCCGAAUUCAUCACUUUGGAUCUGAUCAUGAGUCCGUUUGUAAGUUUUCCUUCGAAUUGGAUUGACAAAUUAAUCAAAAGAGCCAAUAAAACAGAUGAAUGUGUAAAAUGCAGGGUUUAUUUUCUUACAGUACGCUUAACUAUUUAUCUCCCAAUAGUUUCUUUGCCGUUUUCACAUGCCAAAUAGAAUCUCUAACAGGACUCUCGCUGUCAACAUAACACUGGUUUCCUGUGUGGUGUUGAUAUUCAUCACAGAUACUGUGGUACCUGCCUGUCUGUCCGUCCGUCAUUCUCUCUUUAGACCUUAGACCUAUAACCGCAGCAUUACACACCAAAGGUGUCAUCAAUAAAACAUUCAAACCAG